AUGGGUCAGUUACCAUUUAGCAGAGUAACGCCAGCUAGACCAUUCCUUCACAGUGAUGUGGAUUUUGCUGGCCCCAUUAACGUCCGAAUGUCUAAGGGAAGAGAUAAUAAAUCAUACAAGGGUUAUAUUAGUCUUUUUGUAUGUAUGGCAACAAAGGCCAUACAUUUAGAACUAAUAAGCGAUCUCACUAGUGAUGCCUUCAUAGCAGGCUUUAAGCGUUUUGUAGCUCGUAGAGGACAUGUGAGCGAAAUAUGGAGCGACAACGGAACAAACUUUGUUGGAGCAUCCAAGGAACUCCUUAAACUCGUCACCGCUGAACAGUCAUCAGUCGCUCUUGAAAUUCGUGAGUGGUUAAGCAACAAUAGUGUUUCAUGGCAUUUCAUUCCUGCUCAUGCGCCAAACUUUGGCGGGCUAUGGGAAGCAGGCGUGAAGGCUAUGAAAUUUCAUUUAAAACGAGUGAUUGGCGUUUCUACAAUGACAUAUGAAGAGUUAACCACCGUUCUCACGCAAAUAGAAGCAUGUCUAAACUCAAGGCCUUUAUCGAUAUUACGUACCAGAUAA